GCUACACACGGUUUAACGAUCAUAGUACACGCUCAAUGGUUUGAAUCUUCAUAACAAAACUGUCAGCCCAGAGAGCUAGACGCGGUUAUAAAAUUUCACUUCACUGCAAAUAACUGUACUAAUAAGUGCAGUAAAAAGCAGACAAAAUGUUUAAAGGAAAAAUUGGAUAUUUUAACUGCAGUUCAACUAACUUCAAUCACCAAGAAAGGGAUAAACAAUACAAAGAUCCGAGUGACUACAUCACGAAAAACUACCAUGUCGGACAGAUGCUUGGCAGCGGUGGCUUUGGGACAGUCUACAGUGGAAUUCGACGAAGGGAUAAUAUGCCUGUUGCAAUCAAGAACGUGAUUAAGAAGAAAGUAACAGAAUGGGGCCAGCUGAACGGAUAUAAUGUUCCAAUGGAAAUUUGUCUUUUGAAGAAAGUGUCACAUAUCCCUGGAGUAAUAAAAAUGCUAGAGUGGUUCGAAACCCGAAAUGGAUAUAUAAUUGUGAUGGAAAAGCCAGAAUGUGUAAAAGACUUGUUUGAUGUUAUUACAGAAAAAGGUGCAUUGGACGAAAACACUGCGAAGGACUUCUUUAGGCAAAUUCUCAAUGCUGUGAUUAACAUUCACAAGAGUGGGGUAGUUCACAGAGACAUUAAGGAUGAGAACAUUCUUGUGGACUUAAAAACAGGAGAACUUAAAAUCAUUGACUUUGGUUCUGGAGCAUAUCUCAAAGACACUGUCUACCUCACUUUCGAUGGUACCAGAGUGUACAGCCCACCGGAGUGGAUCCAAUAUCACAGAUAUCAUGGUCGUGCUGCAACCGUGUGGUCUCUUGGCAUUCUACUGUUCGACAUGGUCUGCGGUGACAUUCCCUUCGAGCAAGAUGAGCAAAUCAUCAAGGCAGAGCUGGAUUUCAACAGCUGCAAACACAAAGUCUCAAUUGAAGUUCAAGACCUCAUCAGAAAAUGCCUCAGCAUUCGUCCAUCCGACCGUCCAUCAGUUGAAGAAAUUCUGGAGCACCCCUGGUUGUGCGAUUCCAUGUUUGUGCAAACCUCUAGUCAGAAGGAAAUAAAAAUUGCCCGCAACAACAGUGAAACUGACUCUUUGGAUAGUGAAACGGAUUCCCUCGAUGGACAGUCAAUGAGCAGCCAAGAAAGUGUGGCCAUUGAAUGAACAAGUCUUGAUUGAUUACGUGGAACAAAACAUAAUUCACAAAACAUAAGUUGAAAUUGUGCAAUUCAGCAUAUAACUGCCGAAACUCAGGGAACAAUACUGCAUUUCGGGCCGAGUUCGAGUCCCAUCUACAGGAAAUUUCAUGGACACUGGUGAAUGUGAGGGUACAAGUCCUUUCUGCCAAGCAGAGACUUGCUCAUGGAAUAUUUGUUUUAUUUAUUAUGUCUGCAUAGCAGAUACUGCCAGAUUUGAACAUAGAAUUUUGGUUGGUUUCAUGUAUGAAAGUUGCAAGCGUAAAUCUUAAUUUAUUAGCACAAGUGUGGACCAAUUCUAUAAUUGGCCAGUAUGGGUUUUCAUUCAUGUGUGGAAGACUUAAGUGUUGUUUUAGUAUUUUAUUGUCCGAGACAUGUCAUUUACCAUGAAUGACCAUCUCACAAAGAGCCAUUUCAAUGCAAAUUGUAUGAAUGUUGCACUUCGUUUUAACAUCAGCUGGUCAUUCCAUGCAUGAUAGGAGAUAUUGGAUCAUUUCCUACCUUUAAGGUGCUAUUUAAUAUCAUUUGCAUACUAAUUUAUUCAGCCGAAAUCCCUGCCAAAUGUAUAACAUGAAUUUUUGCUCAUGACAAUUUUUUGUCAAUUCAAGUCAGUUUUUAAUGUCUUAGUUUAUUAUUUUCUAUCAGUGUUUUAUCUAUUUCUUGAUAAUUCUUGACUGACAAAUCAAAGAUCAUUGUCUUCUAGGAUACAUUGAUUUUUUUUUUAUUCACAUCGAAUUAAGAAUGAAACUUCCACUUUUUAAUUAUUUUAACCGUUUUCAAGAGUAUCUAAAAAUGUUGUAAUGAUGGAUAUGAAGCAAUAUUAAAACAUGUAACAUUUGUAUAACCACAUUUUAAUCAUUUGUACAUAUACUCAUAUAUUUAUUAAGACAGAUGCGUGAACUGUUGGAAUAUAUUGUGCCUAAGAAAUUCAAGAUGUAACAAAAUUCUUUAAAUGGGUUGUUAGUAAAGUAUUUUAUCAGAAUUUUUACUGGGCCUAUUAUGGAAGGAAGCACUAUUAACAGCAGUUCAUGCAUUUGAAGCUUAGCUGUAAAUUGCUUAGCCAGUAAAUUAUUAUUGUUGUUGAAAUGCCUUGAAUUUGAAUGUAUAUAAAUACCGAGUAUUUUUAUAUGGAACAGAUAUGAUAAAAAGGUUUAAAAAAAACUAAAUGAUUAAAAAAUUUAAAAUAUUA